UAUUGUGGGGAGGCGGGUGUGGUGUUCAGCAGGGCACAGUGUCUCUGCCAUGUCCUGGUACCCCAUUCGCCCCCUCAGGUGAAUGUGAAAAAUGGCAUGACAUCAUUUAAUGUGCUGGUUAAUAUUUAUCCCUUUAACCAAUAAAACAGGCAAUCUACUCAUGGGAGCUUGCUGUGUGUAAAUUGGCAGUUGUGUUUCUAAAAUUAAUUCAGUGACACUUCAUGAAUAUUAUUGGCCAUAAGGUGACUUUAGAACAGCCUGAAUGGCACUAUAUAAAUGUACUACAAUAAUCCAUCAAUACGACCCACUGUAAGGUGCUACUUUCUCAUUGAAACACUGAGUUGAUGAUAUUUGUUGGGGCUGAACUGUCCAUAGUGAAACAAUGGCAUUCAAUCAGCUCUCCCAGCAACACACUCUCGACCCACAUUCAAUCAGCUCUGUUACUUUUCAAUAUGAAAGAACAUUACACAGCAUCAAUCUCUUUUAAGCGUUUCUAUUCACUUUCCAGAUUGCAGUGCCUGUGGAUAAUAAAUACAUGACAGAAUGCCAAAAGAAGAAUGUGGGGUACUGUCAGAAUGUUAUCAUGGUCCUGCAAAGAUUCAACAGAACCCAUCUUCUUCUGUGUGGGACCAAUGCCUGGAAUCCAAAAUGCUGGUCACUCAUUAAGGACACAUUGAGUGAAAUCAUUAAUGGAGGAGGACAUCCGAUUGGACGAGGAGUAUGUCCUUUCAGUCCGAAACACGGCUUCACCUCAUUGGUUGAAGGAGAAAAACUCUACUCAGCUGCCCCUUUAUUUGAGAAUGGAAAUGUGAACCUUCGAAGGUUUAUGAAACAGAGUCCAUCAUGGUUACUUUCUGUUGACAAGUGGAUGAGAGAUCCCAGUUUUGUGGGAAUGUCACCAAUGGGUGACCACAUUUUGAUGUUCUUCUGGGAAAGGAAUUUGGCAGAAAACCUGGACGUUGACCCCUGGAUAUCACGGGUUGCCCGUGUGUGUAAGAAUGACAGAGGUGGCUCUCGAUUCCAACUGCAAAAUAAAUGGGCAACCUUUCUGAAAGCUCGCCUGCUGUGUAACGUUCCAUCCAAAAACUUGCAUUUCAACAGGAUUCAAGAUGUCUUUGUUGCUCAGAAUGGAGACCGCGUUUACGGAAUUUUUCAGAGUAACUGCCUUCUAUUCUUCUCAUAUUUUUUGCAGUGUGGGACUAACACUCAAAGUCUGGAAAGUAAAGUACUGAGACUGGUGGAACACCAUCCUGAAAUGGAGAAUCCAAUCCAUCCCAUCGGAAAAGGCCCCCUCAUCUUCGAGAAUAAGGAUCAUUUCAAGAAAAUCAUUGUGGAUUCCGUUGUUGGCUUCAAUGGAACAGUGUUCUACGUCCUUUUCCUGGCCAUGGGAGAUGGUAAAAUCCAGAAGGUUCUGGAAAUCGGACAGUCAGUCUUCAUCAUUUCAGAACUUACGAUUCUAAAGGAGCCAGGACCAAUCUCAUCAAUGUCCCUGGACUCUGAAGCUAAACUUCUGUACAUUACCGCUGCUAAAGAGGUGGUUCGGAUCCCACUGAGGCAGUGUGAAAAAUAUAAUGAAAGCUGUGAAAGCUGCAUCAUGGCCAGGGACCCCUACUGUGCUUGGGAUGACAGAGAGAAGAAUUGUGUCCCUGUCACAUCUCACUUCAGCAACCUUAUCCAAGAUCCUGAAAAUGGUGAUCACAAGAAAUGUCCUUCAGAAAGAGUUGCGUUUUACCAUUCCUCACAGAGCACGAGUCAAGAUCUGAAUCACAUUUUCGUCCUGGAGGGACAUGGCUCAGUUUAUCUUUCAUGCCCUAAGCAAUCCCAACAUGCAGAUUACUCCUGGAGGACGCAGAACCACACAAUGGACUGUUCUUCAAAUGAAGAUGAAUGCCUUUUCUUCAUAAGUAACCUUGCAGAACAUGAAGGUAGCUCGUACCAAUGUGUUUCAAAUGAAAGGGGAUUUGAACAGUUUCACACGUCGUAUUUGAUUAAGGGCAGUGGGUCUUUGAUGUACUUGACCAGAUACAGUAUUGCUGUCUACUGUAUUUUCAUGACAGCUGUGGCUCUGCUCUUGCACUGAGUUUGAGCAAUGACUCUCUCUCUUGUCCUCUUGUCGCAGAGAUUGGAAACAACUUGUUUAUGCUUCUAGUCUGGAUUGCUGCUGGGAUAUAUUGAGGGUAAACACACUGAAAUAUUCUGAAUAGCCCUACAUCAAUGGCCAAGUGACACGUCUAAGGAAGGUCGAAGGUCAAAUUAACUGAAUUUUUAUCUAUUUGAGAAUUGCAAUUUAACCUUUGCAUUCAUCACCGCAACAAACAUUACAUUCAUCCAUAGAUUUACAAACAUUUACAGAUUUUACAGCUCAAACCUUUAUAGCGCUUUACAGAAAUUCUUCAUUUCUGUGGCAUGGUUGGAACUCCAUUGGAAUGUUGAGUAUGGACCCUGAACCAACAACAGAGGGAGAAAAGUAAGAAAGGUAAUGUUGAUAGGUCAGAUGCUGAAGAAUGGGAGGAAACCUGCAAUGGUGGAGAGCCAUCACUCCCAGUGGAUGCACACACCCCCCAGUCACAUGGACUGCAGCAGUUUGAGACGGCAGCUCACUGUCCCCUUCUCGGGGGCAAUCAUGGUUGGAUAAUAAGUGCUGACCCAGCUGGAGACACGCACAGCCCAUGGAAUGGACAGGAGAGGUCAGGCUCUACUGUGAUGCACCCAUAGUUUAAUAGUUACUGCAGCUAAAGGAAUGUGUGAGCAUCAUAUCUGUCUCUUUUCUUGAGCUGGCUGCUUUUGGGGAAGGAGAGAGAAUUUGGGAGAGCUUACUGCAUGACAACAGAGACUGUGUAACAAUACUGAAAUGUGGGGGUAUCCACACUGGAGUGAUUGUUGGUAACCCAGUGUUGCAGCACAGGAGUUGCUGUGAAAUGCAGUUGGUGUUCCUAUGACAUCCUGAAACAGCCCAGUUUAAAGCCACCCAUUAAAAGUUGGCUCUGAGAACCACUCGUUCAAGAAGCUUGACAUGGGGGAACAAAGAUUCUCAGCCACAUGAGCCCACGUUACAUUCUGCUAUCGCUCUGAGAAAUACUGUGUCAGUGUGAUUGUUAGGUUUGGUGCAUAGCUGGAAGUGAAACUUCAAGUGACUCGGUGAAGCCUGAUUAGACUUGUGCAAUGUGAGCUGUUUCUGGUUUUGUGUCUGGGUUGUGACCGAGUAAACAGAUCACAAAGCUACGGGACAGUCUGUCUUUGUGCAGUUCCCAGCAUUAAUCAUGGCAGAGGCUCCCAAGUGCUUACAAAGAUGGAUUGUGAUUUUGAGGUGACACAUAACCUUCUCGAGCUGAGUGGUAAGUGUUAGCCACCCACAGCUCAGGACGACAGCGAUGGGGCUCAACCACAGCAACUGGAUAAGAAGCCUCAUUCUUGUGAAUGUCCAUUUCACCUUUACGCUUGAAACUUUGUGCGAUUUAGUUCUUUGUUCACCUUAUGAGAAACAACAGAGAUUGCUUGGUCUUGUAACCGAUGUGCUUUUAGCAGAAACAAGCCCUUCAUAUCCAGGCUGCAAGUACAGAGCUGAAUGCAAGCGCAGUCAUUUUAACCAGUGUCCUGGUUAACAAGGGCAUCCAUUGUCACUGAACUAGUUAACUGCAUCAACCUUACUUCACUGACCUAGUAGCAAUACUGAAAGUCCUAGAUCUUCUUUCACUUUGAGUGCAUACAACUGCAGUGAGGGAAGCCACUUUUUAAACUCAGGACUAGACUCAUUUUACAACAACAACUUGCAUUUGCCCAGCCCCUUCAAGAUCGCAAAACUUCAGCAGACACGGAUAGGACUAUUUUGGUUGAGGAAUACGGUCAGUUUGGGUUAGUUGGACCAAAGGGUCUGUUUCCUGGCUGCAUGACUCCAUAAACUGUAUUUUCUCACCAAACAUUGAGGGCCUUCAUCCUUAUGUCUCUUUCUGUAUAACUUUGAUAAAAUGUUAGGGAAAAUUCAAAGUUACUUUUCCUUAACACAACGGAUUUUAAAAAAUGUAAAGUAAUAAUCUAUGAAGUUUCCCUUAAAUGUGCAUUUGAAAACAGGGUUUUACAUUUCUAACAGAGUAUUGCUGAAAACAAGUCAUAGUCUGUUGCAGCAAUGUGUCUGGCUCUGAUCAGGACAAUUUGCAAGAGUUGCAAAAUGAAGAGCAACAGCAUUUCUAUUUUGUACAGUUACAGAAAUUUAUGUAGCACAACAAUUGUGAUUGUGAAAUUUGCCAUUCUUGCCUUGGUUCCGUUAAAUACAAGAUGAAAAGCUUUAAAAAUCUUUUUUAGAAUUCUGUUGCACCAAGUGACCUUGGCCGACAGAGAACUGUCUCACUUGGUGAGAGAAUUUCAUAUACCGUUGUACUACUAAAGAGGCAAACCAGGGAACUGCCAAUCCCAGUUAGCCUGGCGUCUAUGUUUGGGAAAUUCUGUAAAUGACAAAUCUUCCUCAAAUUUUUCAGUGGAUCACAGAGUGCCAGCGUGGAUUCGUAAAGGAUCCAUCAUGCUUAAGAAGUAAGAGCAGGAGUAGGCUAUUCAGACCCUGAAACCUCCCUGCUGUUCAAGAAGAUCACAGCGGAUGCAUAAUGAACCUUUUUUGAAGAGGUAACUAAGGUCAUGAACAGGGGCUCGUCCAUACAAAUUGCUGGAGAACGGCAGCAGGAUAAGCAGCAUCUGUGGAGAGAAAACAGUGUGUACAUUGACUCUAGUCACCCUCCUUCUGAACAGUUCUGAAGAAGACUCACUGGGCUUGACAUGUUAAUUCUGUAAUUAUCUGUUUUCCUCUCCUCGCUUUUUAAAUAACGGGGUUACGUUUGCCAUCCUCAAUCUGUUGCAACUGCUCUGGAGUCUAUAGAAUUUUGGAAGAUGACCACCAAUACAUCCAAUAUUUCCAGAGCCAUUUCCUUUAAUACUUUGGGGAUAUAGAUUACCAGGCCCUUGUGAUUUGUCAGCAUUUAAUCCUAUUCAUUUAAACAGCACUAUUUCCUUAUAAAACAUAGAAUCAUAGAAUAUAGGAGCAGGAGUACCCUAUCCAGGAAUAUGACCAUUCGUGUAUCCUGUUCCCGCUUUCUCCCCAUAACUUUUGAU